CUUUGGCAGAUGAUGAAAUAUUUGGGCCAAUGACAUAACACCUUUCGCUCCAUUGUCGAGGCAGGCGGGGGGAGGAAUAUGCAUAUAAGAUGGGAUGGACGUAGUGCGGGGCACGCCUACCUCAUCCAUGAUCUUCGUGCAGAUCUACAAGCAAGCUAAAUAAUCCCUUCCGAGUCUUCCUCCUCUUCUACUUAUCUCUCGUCCCGCUUUGAACGACUCUUCUGUUCCUCUUACAUAAAUUCUCACCUCAUCUUUUUUGGCGAACUUCCACCUACUUGCUCUACUUUUACCUACGAAACAACAUCAAUCUCCUCCAUCCUCUACAUUCUCCCUCUCCUCGGUUGUCGAAGCUCAACAGUCACAGACAGCAAGGAGAUUCGAUCGCAAACCUAUACAAAUACUCGUACUUUGCCAAAUUGGCUGGGCUAUCACAUCGAUUCACUAGCACACAAACUGGCAAUACAUUGCUUUUCUAACCUCGUCCACGUCCCUUGUUACUGUAUCGGUGCUCGAUCGCCGUGAUCACUGCCAUUGAAGCUCGUCUCAAUAUCCCAACAGCGUCAUUGUUGACUCGUUCGACCCUAUGCGAUAAAACCUACCGCCAGACCUAUUACAGCUUCGAAGAACUCGAGGCAAAGCCAUAGCUACAGUUCCCAUAGCGCUUGCAUACGUGCCAUCCUAUCACCGGAUUUUCAUUUCAUCAAGUGCUGUCUUUGAGACGCUGACAAGCAGAAACAAAAGAUCAACCAAUACCAACCAAAAUGAAGUUCAUGGGUUUUACACCUUUUGGGCAUAAGGAUUCGAUCAAUGACCAUAAUGUCUUAGUUACUCUCGCCAACGCCCAACGUCACCCCACCGUCGUCGCCGAAUGGGAACGUCGCAGAUCAGUCGAAGCACAAGAAGCGCACCUUGAUGGUGCCGGAUCCAAGAAAGAGGGUGAUGUGACUCCAGAUACCGAAGUCGGAAUUAGAACCAGCAGCAGUACCUAUGAUCCUUAUACCAUCGAAGGCCUCAAGGCGGAGGUCAAUGAAGAUGUUGCAGCUUCAGGUCAUGAUACCGCUUAUGAUUGUAAGUUUGCGCUGCGAAGACUCGCUUCUCAAACCAGAUGCUAAUUUAAAAUAGUGAAGAGCAAGGUCAUCAAUAAGGCUAUUCAAGAUAUUGGUAUGGGGUGGUAUAACUGGGAACUGUUCAUUCUUUGUGGAUUUGGAUGGUUUGCAGACAAGUAAGUGGUGUAUUAGUGUGUACGUGGUAACCCUCGGCUGACAAGAGUGACAGCCUGUGGCUUCAAGGUGUCGCCUUAACUCUACCCUCCCUCCAGGCAGAAUUUGGUGUCUCGGAAACAAACGUGAGAUACACCACUUGCUCGCUUUUCAUUGGUCUUUGCAUCGGUGCCAGUUUUUGGGGUAUUGGCUCUGAUAUUAUGGGCCGCCGUCUUGCUUUCAACUGUACCUUGAUGCUUGCUGGUAUUUUUGGAAUCUCUGCAGGUGCUGCACCUUCCUGGAUUGGUGCUUGCGGUCUUUUUGCAGCUCUUGGGGUUGGAGUUGGUGGUAACCUUCCGGUUGAUGGGGCAUUGUUCUUGGAGUUUCUUCCAAAUGCAUCUGGCCAGCUUCUCACCCUUCUCUCUGUUUGGUGGCCAGUUGGUCAACUUGUUGCUUCCUUAAUCGCCUGGGGCUUCUUGGGAUCGAAUUACUCUGUCAAUUUAGGAUGGAGAUACUUUGUCUAUACCAUGGGCACUUUGACAUUUGUCAUGUUUCUGGCACGAUUCUUCCUCUUCCAUCUUUAUGAGUCACCAAAGUUCCUCCUCUCUCGAGGUCGUCAAUCAGAGGCAGUCGGCGUAAUUCACGGAAUUGCUGCAAAAAACGGAACCACUACUUGGUUAACGGAAGAAAUUCUCAACGAGAUUGGAGGUGAUCCAGCUGCCGUCAGUGAUGUGAAACUCACCACCUCACAAAUUAUCAAGAGAAAGAUGAGUUCUUUCUCCGGUGAACGAAUCGGUCCUCUUUUUCACGAUAGAAAACUCGGUAUGACCACCGUCUUGCUCUGGUUCUGUUGGGCUACUAUUGGUAUGGGAUACCCCCUCUUCAAUGCAUUCCUCCCACAAUAUCUCGCUAGGGGGAAGACUUCAACUGGAGAAGCCGUCAGCAACCACAUCACCUAUCGAAACUACGCCAUCACCUCGGUCGUGGGCGUUCCCGGAUCCAUCAUCGCUUGCUAUACCGUUGACAUGAAAUUCAUUGGCCGUAAGGGCACAAUGGCCAUCUCGACGUGCAUUUCAGGCAUCUUCCUCUUUCUCUUUACCAUCUCGGCCGACUCGGAUUACCAGCUUGCUUUCUCCUCGAUCGAAGCCUUUUUCCAGAAUAUCAUGUAUGGUGUUCUGUACGCUUAUACGCCUGAGGUUUUCCCGGCCCCAGUGAGGGGAACUGGGACGGGCAUUUGUAGUUUCUUGAACCGAAUUGCAGGAUUGUGUGCCCCGAUUAUUGCGGCUAAUAUCCCCAGUGCUAACCCGAAUGCACCGGUCUUUGUAUCUGGAUCGUUGAUUUUGGCGGCCUUUGUAGCGAUGGUGCUUUUGCCGAUUGAGACGAUGGGGAAGCAGAGGUUGUGAUGAUUUCCGUUCACGCGGUGCGCGUUUGAAUCAGACUUUGGGGGUUUGGAUAGAGGUAGAGGGUGGGAAGCCUUUUUACUGACUUGGUGGACUGUUGGAUCAUUCUUUUUCGUUCUCUUCCUCGGAAUUUGGAGGGGUUAAUGGUAUGGCUGGGCCCUGGCGUGAGAUGGGAGACACUGUGGAAUAGUGGUUUUGAUGUGAUACGAUGCAUGUGAUUCGA